CAGGGAUUUCAAAACCAAAACUAAAUUAAAGUGGAAACUCAGUUUUUUGUUUAUGCAAAUAGUUUGUUCCCUACAGCAUUCCUCCGGGAAUGCACCCCCCCCCACCUCUACAGCAUUCCGUCUCCGUCCCUCCUCCUCCACAUGCCCGCCUGCUCCCUCCACGCACAGUGCACAAAGAGACGCUGUCAGGAGAGCCCAGAAUCCGAAAAGGGGCCUUGAGAAAUGUGGCUCUUGUACCUCCUGGUGCCCAUACUGUUCUGCAGGGUGGGGAGCUCCAUCCCCAUCCCUCAGAAGCUCUUUGGAGAGGUGACUUCCCCUCUGUUUCCCAAGCCAUACCCCAGCAACUUGGAGACAACCACUGUGAUUACAGUCCCCACAGGAUACAGGGUGAAGCUCGUCUUCUGGCACUUUGACCUGGAGCCUUCCGAAGGCUGUUUCUAUGACUAUGUCAAGAUCUCUGCUGAUAAGAAAAACCUGGGCAGGUUCUGUGGGCAGCCAGGAUCUCCACUGGGCAACCCCCCAGGAGAGAAGGAAUUUCUGUCCCAAGGGAACAAGAUGCUGCUCACCUUCCACACGGACUUCUCCAAUGAGGAGAAUGGGACCAUCAUGUUCUACAAGGGCUUUCAGGCCUACUACCAGGCUGUGGACCUUGAUGAAUGUGCUUCCCAGCACAACUUGGCUGAGGAAGACGCCCAGCCUCAGUGCCAGCACCUGUGUCACAACUACGUUGGUGGCUACUUCUGUUCCUGUCGUCCAGGCUAUGAGCUUCAGAAGGACAGGCAUUCCUGCCAGGCCGAGUGCAGCAGCGAGCUAUACACAGAACCAUCAGGCUACAUCUCCAGCCUGGAGUACCCCAAGCCCUACCCUCCGGACUUGCGCUGCAACUACAGCAUCCGCGUGGAGAGGGGCCUCACCCUCCACCUCAAGUUCCUAGAGCCUUUCGAGAUUGAUGACCACCAGCAAGUGCACUGCCCCUAUGACCAGCUCCAGAUCUACGCCAACGGGAAGAACAUUGGCGAGUUCUGUGGGAAGCAAAGGCCCCCCGACCUUGACACCAGCAGCAAUGCUGUAGAUCUACUGUUCUUCACAGAUGAAUCAGGGGACAGCCAGGGCUGGAAGCUGCACUACACCACUGAUAUCAUCAAGUGCCCCCAGCCCAAGACCCUAGAUGAGUUCACCAUCAUCCAGGACCUACAGCCUCAGUACCAGUUUCGUGACUACUUCAUUGUCACCUGUAAGCAAGGCUACCAGCUCGUGGAGGGACAACAGGCCCUGAUGUCUUUCACUGCUGUCUGUGAGGAUGAUGGCAGCUGGCAUCGCGCCAUGCCCAGGUGCAAGAUCAAGAACUGUGGACAGCCCCGAAGUCUGCCUAAUGGGGCCUUCCGUUACACCACCAAAGAGGGGGUGAACACAUACCAGGCGCGUAUCCAGUAUUACUGCCAUGAACCCUAUUACAAGAUGCAGACCAGAGAUGGCAGCAGUGAGUCGGAACGAGGGAUGUACACCUGCACAGCCCAGGGCAUUUGGAAGAAUGAACAGGAGGGAGAGAAGAUGCCUCGGUGCUUGCCAGUGUGUGGGAAGCCUGUCCACCCAGUGGAACAGAAGCAGCGCAUCAUAGGAGGGCAAAAAGCCAAGCCGGGCAACUUCCCCUGGCAGGCGUUCACCAACAUCUAUGGACGCGGGGGCGGGGCCCUGCUGGGCGACCGCUGGAUCCUCACUGCUGCCCACACCCUCUACCCCAAGGAUCACGACAUGCAAAACAACGCCACCGUGGACGUGUUCUUAGGCCACACGAAAGUGCAAGACAUCAUGAAACUGGGGAAUCACCCAGUCCGCAGGGUCAGCAUCCACCCAGACUACCGUCAGGAUGAGUCCCACAAUUUUGAGGGGGACAUCGCCCUGCUGGAGCUGGAGAAUAGCGUCACCCUGGGCCCUAACCUCCUCCCAAUCUGCCUCCCUGAUAACGAGACCUUCUAUGACAGGGACCUCAUGGGUUAUGUCAGUGGCUUUGGGAUAACAGAGGAGAGGCUUUCUAAUGACCUCAGGUUUGUCCGUCUGCCCAUAGCCGUGCGAGAGGUCUGUGAGAACUGGCUACAGGAAAAAAAGAGGAAUGAUGUGUUUUCUCAAAAUAUGUUCUGUGCCGGGGACCCAACUCUGAAGCAGGAUGCUUGUCAGGGGGAUAGUGGGAGUGUUUUUGCAGUGAAGGGCCAAGAUGAUCGCUGGGUGGCCACUGGCAUCGUGUCCUGGGGCAUAGGGUGCAGCAGGGGGUAUGGCUUCUACACCAAACUACUCAACUAUGUGGACUGGAUCAAGAAAGAAAUGGAGCAGGAGAGCUGAUCCCAGAAUUCACUAGGUCACAGUCCAGAGAAUGGUGUAUUAAAAAGCCAUAUCUGACCAGUUGUCAAUAACCACUAAGUGUCUUUAUUAAAAUCACUGAUGCAGAAAGACACUGUGUGAACUAAACUCUCUUUCCUAUAGUCCCAUCCACAUUCUUUACCUGAAACAACCCAAAGGGCACCUGUCUUUUCUCCAAGGAUUGCAGAGGAUAUAGUUGCCAAUCUCUAGUUAUCCUUUUCCAUUUCUUUUUUUUUUUUUUUUUUUUGAGACAGAGUUCUCAAGCUGUCACCCUGGGUAGAGUGCCCUGGCAUCACAGCUCACAGCAACCUCAAACUCUUGGGUUUAAGCAAUUCUCUUGCUGCAACCUCCCGAGUUUUAGGACUACAGGUGCCCACCACAACGCCCAGCUGUUUUUUUUUUUUUUUUUUGGAUGCAGCUGUCAUUGUUGUUUAGCAGGCCCGGGCCAGGCUGGAACCCACUAGCUUCGAUGUAUGUGGCUGGUGCCCUACUCACAGAGCUACAAACGCCAAGCCCCUUUUCCAUUUUUUUACCCUGGGUAAUUGACUAAAACUCCAAAUAAAAAUUUUUGAUAAAUUCUAGUGAGUAAAAUGAGUCAAAAGUGGCUUUUAAGCAAUAGAAAAAUAUUUAAUAAGGUUAUACUUAAAGUAUUUACUUAGGAAGGCAACGGGAGCAAUAAAGUUUAUGCACACAUUUACAAUUAGGGUUAUGAAUAAUAUCACAUGUGUUUUAAUUGUAUACUAUAAAGAAAAUCCUAAUUUUU